UCCGUUGAACACAGGGGAAAUUACUUAUGAGGAAACAUGCCUGGGACUUGCCCUGUUAAUCAGGGUCAAAGAAAGAAAAUAACGCACCUGGCAACCCAGGCCACCGAUUGGCCAGUUCCCCCCUUUUGUCUAGCUGAGGGUGUCAGGUUUCUCCGUGCCGGCUUGGACUGGCCCUGCCGCCACCAAGAAUAUUUUUGCAGGGUGUCGACGGUGCUGCCGCAACAGACGGUCCUAACGUGGUCUCGGAGAGUUCGUUCCACAGAGUGAGAUUUGCGGCUCCCGCGGCUUUUCCUUUGCUGCAAGGUGAAAUCCUGCAAUCGGGGGAAAAAAAUUCUAGCUGCAAAGCAUUAUAGUGCGCUGCAAGUUCGGCAACAGCAGGACCAGCCGGCGCCAAGAGACUUGUUACCUCCCAAAAGUAUCUUUAGACGAUGGGAUCCGUACUAAGCAGCGACAAUCGGGAGGUGGCGACCACUCUACAGUUGGGUACGGUAGAAGAGGAGAAACAGCCGCAGGUCCCAUCUUUUGACUGCUCCAUCUGUUUGGAGGUGCUCCACCAGCCCAUAAGGACGCGAUGUGGUCACGUAUUUUGCCACUCCUGCAUUGCAACAAGUUUCAGAAAUAACACUUGGACAUGCCCUUACUGCCGGGCUUUUCUUCCAUCUGAAGGAAUUCCAGCAACCGAUAUUACCAAGAUGAUGAAAAAUAUAUACCAGAACUGUACAGAAUGUGGAACACAGGUGCGCCUCAGUGAAAUGAGAGCUCAUCUGAGAACUUGUGACCAAUAUAUAGAGAAAUACGGGCCCCUACAAGAAGUUACAAAUCCAGAAACAAGAUAUCCUUGUCCUUUCUGCCAGUAUGUAUUGGAUGAAGGUGAUUUCCUGGACCAUUUUCUCACUUAUCACAGAUCUGAAAGCAGAGCAGUGUACUGUCCAAUUUGUCGCUUACUACCUGGUGGUGGUCCAAGUUAUUACAGCAGGAAUUUCAUACAGCAUCUUCAGCUCAGACAUACAUUCUAUUAUGAAGACUAUAUAGAUAUAAGUAUAGUAGAAGAAGUUCUCACUGAAAGAGUUCUAGACUGGUCGUUAUUAGAGUAUGUGCAUGUGAACAAUCCAAAUACUGCAUAAUCCUGUCAAAAGAUUUGGAAUUAGAAUGUUGAUUGUUAGAUACUGCUGUCAACUUCUUUAGGAUUAUAUUGGAAAUAUAACAAAUUAUAUUUAGCAUUGUCAAAAUUCAUAAUUUUGUUACAUUGUAUAUGAAUGACAAUCUUGAAUGGUUGUGAUCCACCGAGGAGGUAAUCUUGAUCGGCUGAGACCUACCUGAGCUGAACACACCCAAGGAUUCUUGCACUGAUUAGAAGCACUCUUUCUAGACCGGCUGCUGCUUCUGAGUAUCUUUCCUCCUAUCAAGAGGUCACUAUAUCAAGGAUUCCGAGGUGUGCACAGCCAUGGGGGAACUGCAUCUGAUCUCUGCCAGCAUUCACUCAUUUGUUUUAUACACGUCUAACUUGCUAUUAAAUUUCUAAAACAUUAAAGGCUGAAAAAUUAAUCUUCCAAAUUAGCCAUUGAAAAGAUUUAUUUUCAAGGAACCUUCAAAUUUGUCAUCAAAAUUAGAAAUGGGUUUUGUCUUGCCUAAUUAUUUUUUAGAAGAGCUAUACUCUGACUUGACUGGGAAAAAUAAUUUGAUCAUGUCACUCUUCUGCCUGUUUCUUUUGUAGCAAAACUUAGUAACAAGCCUUUUACUUAAAAGUUUUUCAAAAAUGACCGAAGCUCAGAGCAUCCUGUGACUGCACUUUCCAAGGGCAGGCCAGUCUUCAUGAUCAUUAAGGUGUUGCAACGCCAAUGAGGGAUAGCAAACAACUGUUUACUUUUUUAAAGUGUCAUUUUACUGAUCAGAGAUCAAAAAAGAAAAGCUACAUUUAUGCUACCACAUUAUUUGAUCGUUCUGAUGACUUGUAGAAUUAUUAAUGAUAACAUAUUUUACAUUGAUAGCAGCUAGAAGAUCAGGUGCAUAAUAUCAGUAAGGAAAAGCCAUAAUGGGAACAAAUUAAAUUAAUGCCCAGAAUAGCAACUACUAAGAACAGAUAGCAUCUUCUUAUCUUGUUCCAUGCUGUACUACAUGUAUCCAAUGUUGCAGCAGGCUAAUAUGACUUUUAUAUAUUGACUUAAGAAUUAUUUAAGAAGUACUUUUCAUUGAUGCAGUUGGCUGUAAAUAUUUUUGUAAGAAAGUUCACAUUUGUACACAAAUAUCUGAAAUGGUGAAAAGCCUUCAUAGGAAAUCUGUUAUUAAAUUAUAUAUGUAUGAAA